AUGACCCGGGAACAGAGACAGGUGCCAAUUACUGGCAAUGUCUCUAACGAAGGACAGCAUUCGGAGCAAGAUCAGAACCUGGACAUAAGAACCAGUGAUCGUGAAGAACUCAUACAAUGUAUCAAGCGCGGUCAGAGGCCAACAUGGGUCCCCAAACCUGGUCUCGAAGCAUUGUGUGCCGAAACCAAUGCAGAGCACAGGUCUAUCUCGGAAAGGGAAGAUAUCCCUCCUCGCCCCCAGAAUCAAAGGCCGCCAAUUUCUCCAUCUCCACUUUCAGCCACCGACGCCCUGCAUCGUUCACUCUCUGCAUUGCAUACUGGUGAUUUUCGUGACUCAACUAUACGCAAGGACUUCAAUCCUUCCGCCACCUCACCUCCUGGUGGAGACUUAUACCAUCCAGACUUCUCAUCGUCUUCGACCAUUGCAUGGUCACCGAUGUUCGCCCAAUCUCCAAGCCCACCAGCUUCAAGAUCUUUGUAUGCCGACCCCCGAAGGCGAUCUCGUGCCCCAUCACUCGGCAGCAGCUUGUCGUCUAGUUUUGUGAUGAGGGUUCCCACCAGCCCACUGGUGCACGCCAUGAACAACCCGUCCUUGGAUUUUUCACCAAGAGAGAAGCCGCAUGAUCUCAAUAAGAACUCUCGCAGACGAACAAUGCCACCAAAUGCUUUUGAGACCUUCCGCAUGUCUCCCAUCGAGGAUACCAUGCCGGACUUCGCUCAGGGAUCACCAGAAGCCCAACCCCCAAGUAAUGAUUUAAAUCCAUCACAGCGUCACAAACCUCGCCGUUCACUGAGUUCUUUUACCUAUCAAUCUACGCCAUUCCCCUUCGGCCCCUCUGUGGCCAGAUCACGGCGACCUUCUUUAGCCUCGGACCUUUCCCCACGACAACGAGCGUCGAUGGUCGGAUCGUUCGAGGAGUCUAUUCUUCGUGGACGCAUGUCAACACCACCGUCGAAACCGCUCGAUUUUGUCGCUCAAAUUGGAGUGGUGGGAAAGGGCAAUUGUCCUGCUAGCCUAAAAUGUCCUGCUCAUGUCACAGUGCAGUUUCCAGCCGUGUUCUACAACUAUCCAUCCGCAAACCCAUCGAGAUCUAUUUCUGAUGACAAUCCGAGUCCUUAUGUAGGUACAAUAGACUUGGAGCGAAAUUUAAAACCCGCCAAACUCCCAAUUCGACGCUCCCGGCGAACCAAUCCUAACAUCGACACAGAGGCACUGGCAGCUAAAAUCACCAGCCCCGAAAACACGCAUAUUGGCAGGGCAUUGGCACGUGAGGUGAAAACCAAGCCUGCGUCGACAAGCACAGCCAAAGUCCCUCCUGGAGGAGUCUAUCGCGUACCUCAAACAGGACAGCUCCAGAUUAUCAUCAAGAAUCCCAACAAGACGGCGGUCAAGCUUUUUCUCGUGCCUUACGAUCUGGAAGGCAUGCUUCCAGGAACGAAGACCUUUGUCCGGCAGCGAAGCUUUUCCUCUGGUCCAUUUCUCGAAUCAAGCCUGUUCGACAAACAAUCAAUGGCCACAGUGUCAGAUGUAGCAAAUGGCAAGGACAUCCUUCGGUAUCUUGUUCAUAUUAAAUUUUGUUGCACUUCGAAAGGCUGCUUUUAUCUCUAUGACAAUAUCCGUGUGGUCUUUGCAAAUCGGGUGCCUGACGACAAGGAGAAACUACGCAAGGAGGUACAGCUUCCAGAACCCAGGUUCAGCGCGUACAUACCACCUCUGGAGACUUCACCGAGCCCGAGCAUAUGCGAGACAAUGCCCUCUCAUACAACUGGAGUCACGCCAGAAGACUCCAGCUUACUAGAGACUCAGGACGUACUCCCCACGUUUGGUGGUAUGCAACAACAUUCUGAACUCCAUUCUUCCGAUGCUUCGCAUGCUUCGCAUGCCCACCACACUUCGAAAGCUGAGGAUGAAAUGGUGUCCGACGAGUCUACACUAGAUGUUGAACGAACAGUAUCUCCUAUUCCCGGCUUCCUCCCAUCAACAUCAUCUCGGAGUUCUCCUGUUCCUUGGUCAGCAUCACGCCAAACGCCUCUCGUUGAGGCUGGGGAUGGCCUCCUAUCUCGCAAAUUACGAGCACUUACUAGUCAACCACCAAGUUGA